ACUAUUUUAGAAGGACACACCUUACAACAUAUAACUUUUAGAAAAGACACAACUCUCUACACAUAUUUUUCAAAAGACACAACCUUUCAACAUAAUUGAAGUUCACAACCUUAUGAAUUAAUUGGAAAAUACACAACCUUACAACAUAGAACUUUUAGAAAAGACACAACCCUUUACACUACUUUUUCAAAAGACACAACCUUUCAACAUAAGUGGAUUCACAACCUUAGAAAUUAAUUGGAAAAGAUACAACCUUCCAACAUAGAACUUUUAGAAAAGACACAACCCUUUACACUUCUUUUUCAAAAGACACAACCUUUCAACAUAAGUGGACUCACAACCUUUGGAAUUAAUUGGGAUUGCUAUUAUUAGUAGAUUAAAUCAAUUAGUUCACAUAAUUUAGAAACAUCCAUUCAGUGUAUAUAAAUAUAUUAAUUAUCUUUUGUUGUCUUUCCUAUCUGUUAGCUUUUGUGGAUACGAAAUUAUUAUUUAGAAUGAUUCCAAAACUUGAGCAUGAUUGGAUGUUUCACAGUUCGUAACUUAUCUUUCGUACACGUUACACACUUGUAUAGUUGUAUAAAUAUGUACUCGUAUGCAUCUACUGCGAUUCAUUUCCACACCAAGCUAGACAAUUCUCCCUCUCUUAACUCUUUGGUUAAAAAAAAGUUCUCCCUACCUAACUCACUCACUAAAAACCCGGCAUGCCGGCCCAAGUGAUCCCUGACCAGACCUUUCAAUUCAUCCACGACACCAUCAUGGAGGAGACUAAUUCAACUUUAUUUCAUAAAAGGUUGGAAGGAAAAGUAGCCAUCAUAACCGGAGGCGCACAUGGAAUCGGCAAAGCCACCGUCCAGCUAUUCACGAGACACGGUGCCACGGUGGUGAUCGCUGACGUGGACGCCACCGCCGGCUCUUUCCUAGCUAAAUCUCUCUCAUCAUCCCAAGUCGCCUUUAUAAGCUGUGAUGUCUCGGUAGAAGCUGACGUGGAAAACUUAGUGAACGUUACCGUGGCACGGUUCGGUCGGCUCGACAUUCUAUUCAACAACGCAGGAGUUCUCGGUGACCAGAAGAAACACAAAAGCAUACUAGACUUCAACACUGAAGAGUUCGACCAAGUGAUGCGUGUGAACGUGCGAGGCGUAGGUCUCGGCAUGAAACACGCGGCAAGUGCCAUGAUCAAGAGAGGGUUUAAAGGUUGCAUAAUCUCGAUGGCGAGUGUGGCCGGUGUGAUGGGUGGAAUGGGGCCACACGCUUACACGGCGUCGAAACAUGCGAUCGUUGGACUGACCAAGAACGCAGCUUGUGAGCUAGGUAAGUAUGGGAUUAGGGUUAACUGCAUAUCGCCGUUUGGAGUUGCCACGUCGAUGCUGGUGAACGCGUGGCGGAAGGGUGACGUGGGAGAUGGUGAUGAGGUGGAGGAGAUGGAGGAGUUUGUGAGGAGUUUGGCUAAUUUACAAGGAGAGACGUUGAGAGCCACGGAUAUAGCUGAAGCGGCGUUAUAUUUAGCGAGUGAUGAGUCAAAGUAUGUUAAUGGACAUAACCUUGUCGUUGACGGUGGUGUUACGACUGCGAGAAACUGUGUUGGUUUGUGAUGAUCUUUUUCCUUUUUUUUUCUAAUUGAUCUGCUAAUUGACUGAAUUUGGUAAAUCUUUUUCUGUGUUGCUGGAAAUUUCUGGUUAUUCAAUAAAACAGUGAUUUUUAAUUUGUACAUUUUUGCUUUCUGUCGGCAGUCAAUUGAUCAGUGACUUUAGAACACCUCUAUCACAAAGGUUGAUUUUAUUUUUUGAGUAUUAGACUAAAACAAAAAUAAUUGUAUAUAAAUAGACAGUGUUGAAAAAAAAUCCACUAACUAUAUAUGAAAAAAUCAAGAGAAUUAAAAAGCAAACGAGACGAGAAUCGAUUUUUUGAGCUUGUUGUGGAAUAACUUAUAAUUAUAAAACUCAUAUUUAUACUAGUUAAAAACCUGAUUUCUUUUUUGCUUUUUAGAAAUUUAUUUGUCUACUCAUAAUCUAAAAAUAUAUUGUAUUCCCUCUCAUAUGUCAAUUUUAAAGGAUAGUAUCCACUAUAUUUGUUGUACACAGAAAAUUAAGUCAUUUGAAAAAAACAAACAAAUAUUAUUUUAACUUUUGAAAUAUCCAUUUAUCAAAUACUAUUAUUUCUUUUAUUAUUGUCUGAAUGCUUUAGUAUUUUCACACAUACUAAAAAAAUACAUUAAUUAUGUAUCGUUUUUUGAAAUUAUCAAAUUUCAAUGUUUUUAAAUUAAUAAUCUUUCAAUAAAUUUAAUUAAUUUUAUUAAAAUUUGCAAAUUUUGUAUAAAAACAUAAAAAAAAUCUAUAUUUGUGAAACAAAAUUUUUUCUAAAACUUUUAUUUUAGUGAAACGGAGGAAAUAUAAGUUACAUCUGUCAAGCAUAUCGAUAUAUGCUCAAUUAACUGGCGCUUUAGGGCAUCUCCAACUCCACUCCAUAUUUUACUCCAAAAUUGAGAAAAUGGAGUGUGAAAUGGAGUAAUGAACAAAAAAUAAAAGGAUUACUCCAUUUAUAGAGUAAUCUUUUUAUUUUUUGUUCAUCACUCCAUUUCCCACUCUAUUUUCUCAAUUUUGGAGUAAAAUAUGGAGUGGGGUUGGAGAUGCUCUUAUAACGUCGCAAACAUAAAUUAAUUUCUUUAGCAAAUCAAGAAAUAAAACUAAGUCGUUGUCUAAACAAGUAUACAGUUAACUAGCUUUAAACUAUUUAAGCCAUGAAAUGACAGUUGUUCUUAAUGUUGACUUAAUUUAUGUGUAAUGCAAGAUUGUUUCUUUGGCCAUAAUUAAGACAGUUCUUAGUUCUUUUUAGAUUUGAACUAAAAAAAUUAAGAACCGUUUCUUAAAUAAGAAAUAUAAAAGUUGUCUUUUAGUUAAAAAGUAUAUAAAAAACAAAAAACAAAAAAUAUAUCAUAUAAUGAGUUAAGAACCCCGGUUAAAAGACCGGGGUUAAUCAUACCUUUAGUGAAUAACUACGAUAAAGACCCUUCACAGACUUAACAUUAAAUAAUUGCAGGUUUACUUAUCAAAAGAAUUUUCAAAGGACUUUAUUUUUUCUUCUAUAACCUUACACUUAAAUAGAGUAAUUUUAUUAUAGAGUAAUUUUUGUUUCAAUGGUAUUUACUCUAUAAUAUAGUAACUCUAGUAUAUAAUUGAAUAUAGAAGAAUGCCAUAUUUGAUUCUAUAUUUAGAAUAAAAAAUUGACAUUCUUUUAUAUUUUACUCUAUAAUAAAAUAAUUUUAUUAUAAGUAACACAAUUAGAACAAAAAUUAUUUAUUUUUGUAUAAUUUAUAGAAGAAAAAAUAGAGUAUCAUUGGAGAUAAUUUUAAUCGACAUUUUUUAAAAGAAACCAAGAAGAGACCGAUAGGAACAAUUCUUUAGAAAUGAUAUAAUAGUAAUUAAAGGCAUAAUUAGAAGGAUGGAAUCCGAAUCUCUUGGACCAACUCAGAAUUUUAUACUUGUUAUGUCAUAUUGAGGAUCACCAAUAACGAAUUAUACUUUAUUUUACGCAAAGUUGUUUUUAAUGGAACUUAGCUUUAUAUAGUCGGAGCUAAAGGUUCGAUCUUAGAAAUAUAAAUAAAUGAAUGCAAGGGUGUAUAGGGUUGUAACACAUAAGAGAUCAACGAAAAUAUUAAAAUCAAAUGCGGUUAUUGCGGUAUUGUGAAUCGUUAUCAGAUUGAAAAAUUAUAUACAAAGUUCACGAAGUAAAGAUUGGUUCCCAAUGGUCAAACACACAGCUACACACUUAAAGAGCCAUCAUUAAUUCUUGAAAACAACGACUCGCAUUCUUCGAUAGCAGACUAUAUUUGACUAUAUGGUCUAUUAUUCACUUUUCAAAAAGUUCUAUUUUGUUCCGGACGAUAAUGAAAAUCAUGAGAAAUCAAAUGCCGCAUUAUAUAUUAAACCGAAAUUUGGUAUGUCCGAUUCUUUUCGGCGAAGAUAUAUUCUGUUCCAAUGCUUUUAAGGCUUUUCUAAGGUGAAUUACUUGAAUAAAUAUUAAAAAACUAGUAAGGUGUUCGAUCGUGGAAACUUCCUUACCAAAGAGUUGAGAUCAUGUAAUAUAUAAAACCGUUGUAAAAAUAAGUCUUAAGUUUUCAUGGAGCAUCACAUAUUCUUCCUGUUAGGAAUAUAUUUAUUUAUUUAUAGGAUUUGAAUUGUUCUCUUAUUUCUUGGAAGUGUAAAGACGGUGAUGAGUUUACCAGUUUAGGUAUAAAGCAUGUUAUGAUAUAAUGAGAUCUCAUCGUUUUUUAUUCAUGCAUUCUAUAUUUAGUUUUAUCCACUUUAUUAGUUUCUUUUUCUUUUCUGUUUAACCAAACGACCUUUUACACAGUUAUAAAUUAAAAAAAAAAAGUUGAUGAAAAAAUCACAUAUCAUGAAAGAGAAAUUGGCUUUAUUUUAGAAGAAAAAAUUUGAUGAAAAAUUUUUUUUUUUUGAUGAAAACCCAAGAGUUAUGUCUAACCAAACGACCUUUUACACAGUUAUAAAUUAAAAAAAAAUCAUUGUGGAAUCGUUGUGGAAUCGUUUUCUAAAAUAAAGCCAAUUUCUCUUUCAUGAUAUGUGAUUUUUUUUUGUUUUAAUUUCAGAUGAUUCAGAUUGUUAAAAUAUACAAUCAGUUUGUUAUUUUUCUUCUUUUGCAAAAAGAAUAAUUUGUGUUAACUUUUACAGUUAAAAAAAACGAUUGUUUCAAUGGUUAAUGUUAAUGGUUUAAUAGGAAAAAGAAGUGAAAAUAGACACUAAAAGU